AUGACAGAGGCAACAGAGAAUCCGUUUGCUUCGCUGCAUUAUUCCAAUGUUUACCUCACCAUUCUGGCACUGUUCUGCUUCAAGCUCUUUAUUAAGAUAAGCCUCAACUGCCUCUCCUACUUUUACAUCAUCAGAGGGAACCGCAAGGAGGCAGCCAGGAUAUCUGCAGAGUUCUAUGAUUUUGGUCAAGGACACAGGUCCUGGGCAGACCGCUCACCCUUACAUGAUGCUGCAUGCCAAGGUCGUCUCUUCGCCCUGAGGAAUCUCCUUUUACAGGGCCACAAUGUAAAUGCGGUCACUAUAGACCAUGUGAGUCCUCUCCACGAGGCCUGCUUUGAAGACCAUGUAGCAUGUGCCAGAGCUCUGAUCGCUGCAGGAGCCAAUGUGAACAUCACCACCAUUGACGGGGUAACUCCCCUGUUCAACGCGUGCUCAGUGGGUAGUGUAUCAUGUGCAGAGGUCCUCCUGGAGAACGGGGCCAAACCCGAGGCGCUGGUAUUUCAGCCCUCGCCCAUUCACGAAGCCAGCAGUAAAGGCAGCAGUGAGUGUGUGGAGACUCUAGUCAAAUGGGGAGCAGAUGUGGACUUUGAAAUUCCUCACCUGGGAACGCCCCUCUACACCGCCUGUGUCUCUCAGGAGAUAGAGUGUGUCCGGAGGCUGCUGAGGGAAGGAGCAAAUGUACAGAAAGGUAUAUAUAUGGAAUCUCCCUUACAUGCUGCCGCUGAAAAGGACUGCACAGCCAUUGUUAAGCUGCUGUUGGACUUCGGGGCAGAUAUCAACGCCAGGAACAUGGAGUUCCAGAGACCUGUGGAGGCCGCUCCCCCCAGCAGCCUGACAGAGGGGUUCCUUUUGGUCUAUGAGGCCACGCCCCAACCACUGAGUCAGCUGUGUCGACAGCGCAUCCGUGACUGUGUGGGCCGCGACAGGUUUCACCUCGUCAACCAUCUACCCCUGCCCAAUCCCCUCAAGAACUACCUCCAGUACAGAUGA